CAACCCCACUAUUCCCUCCCUCUCCUCCCAAACACGAACACCCCCAUUUCUCUUCCUCCGACUCUUCCUUCCACCUUGUUGACUUCCACCCAAAGCAAACCAACACAUAUAUCAAACCCCAUAAUGCUUCUUCUCUUCUAAAACUCCUCUCUCUUUCUCCAAAUCAAACCCGAUCCACGAGAGACAGAGAGAGAGAGAGAGAGAGAGAGAGAGAGAGAGAGAGAGAGAGAGAGAGACCCAUUUCUUGAUGGGCGUGUUUUCAUUCCACCGAGGCUCCAGAACCGCCGGCACCCACGAAGCCCUGCCGGUCUCCGGCGCCGGCGCAGGCGCCUCACCGGCGAACAAGCGGCGAUGGUCCAAUCUUAUGCCCUUCGUUGUAUUCCUUGUGGUCGUUGCGGAGAUCUCGUUUCUGGGCAAGCUUGAUUUGGCGAACAAAGCUGCUUUGGUGGAUUCGUGGACGGAGCUGUUCUCGCCGAGUUCGGUGGUGGCUGGUGGUGGUGGUGGUCGUCGUGAGGAUUUGGGCCUGGUUGUUGGUGGUGAUUUGGGCCUGCUGAGCUGUGAGGAAUGGUUGGAGAGAGAGGAUGGUGUUGAGUAUUCCAGAGAUUUCGGAAAGGAGCCUGUUUUGGUUUCUGGAGAUGAGAAGGACUGGAAAUAUUGUUCUGUUGGAUGCCAGUUUGGAGGCGAUUCUGGCAGAAAACCUGAUGCCUCUUUUGGGUUAGGCCAUGAAGAUGGGACAUCUAGUGUUCUACGAUCCAUGGAAUCAGCUCAAUACUAUGCAGAGAACAAUAUUGAUAACGCAAGACGGAAGGGUUAUAAUAUUGUUAUGACGACUAGUCUCUCAUCGGAUGUUCCUGUUGGAUAUUUUUCUUGGGCUGAGUACGAUAUCAUGGCACCUAUCCUGCCUAAGACUGAGAAAGCCCUGGCUGCUGCGUUUAUUUCCAAUUGCGGUGCUCGCAACUUCCGUUUACAAGCUCUCGAAGCACUUAUGAAGACUAACAUCAAGAUAGAUUCUUAUGGCGGUUGCCACAGAAACCGUGACGGAAAAGUGGACAAAGUUCAAACUCUGAAGCGCUAUAAGUUCAGUUUGGCAUUUGAGAAUUCCAAUGAGGAGGAUUAUGUAACUGAGAAGUUCUUUCAAUCUCUAGUUGCUGGAACAAUACCUGUAGUUGUUGGUCCUCCAAAUAUUGAAGAUUAUUCUCCUGGUCCCGGUUCUUUUUUAUAUAUAAAGGAGAUAAGUGAUGUUGAGAACGUUGCCAAAACCAUGAAAGAACUUGCAGAUAAUCCUGAAGCAUAUAAUCAGUCACUGAGAUGGAAGUAUGAGGGGCCAUCUGAUUCUUUCAAGGCCCUUGUGGACAUGGCAGCAGUACAUUCAUCAUGCCGUCUUUGCAUUCACUUGGCAACAAAGAUUCGAGAGAAAGAAGAAAGUAACCUAGAAUUUAAAAGACGACCUUGUAAGUGCACCAGAGGCUCAGGGGUCGUGUAUCACUUAUAUGUAAGAGAAAGAGGGAGAUUCGAGAUGGAAUCCAUCUUCAUAAGGUCGGACAAUUUGACUCUUGAGGCCUUCCAGUCUUUGGUGCUCAGAAAAUUCCAAUCUCAGAAGCAUGUGCCUAUCUGGAAACAAGAAAGACCUGAUGUCCUGAGAGGAGGUGAUAACUUAAAAAUUUAUAGAAUUUAUCCUGUUGGUCUGACACAGAGGCAGGCUUUAUAUACCUUCAGAUUUAAAGGGGAUGCUGAUUUUAGAAGUCAAGUCGAAACCACCCCGUGUGCAAAAUUUGAAGUCAUAUUCGUGUAGAUUGAUAUAUGCUUUUUGUUUCCUUUAAGUAAGGAUAUGCCAACAUUUAGUCAUUCUCCACUGAUAAACUUAUGCAGAGGUAUCACGGUGAUCAGUACUGAUCACAUCACAUUCGGGCAAUUUUGUCAUGUCCUGUUUGUACACGUUGAUUGUUACAGGAGUCUUUAUGAAGGUGAUAGAUUAUCCUUGAUAUGACUAGCUAAUUGUGAACCCUUACAAAUAGGGAGAAAACAUUAGUGAAUGGAGCUGAUUACUACA